CUGUUGAGACUGGACAUAUUCUCUCCUUCUUCACUUCACGGUCUUGACAGUAGGCGAAUCUACCACGGCACAUCCCCCCAUUUCAACACUUGAUAGCUCGCGUACAGACGCAUCCCAGCAAUGGUUCGAGGCAGUUGUCUUUGCGGACACGUCACGUAUAAUCUCGACAUUGAUCUCCAUGUCGCGCAAAUGGAAACAAAAACAUGCCACUGCCGCCCGUGCCGCAAGAUCACCGGCGCAUUCACGUCUCUCAACCUCACCGUGCCCUCGACCUCGUUCGCCCUCACAAACGGCAGCUUGAAGACGGUCAAGACAACGCACGUCGACGAAGGGUUUGAAUUCUCGCUGGCCUUCUGUCCCGAGUGUGGGAGUCCCAUCUACGCAGUACCGCACGGGCCAGGGCUGCGAGAUAUUCUGGUCAUCCAGGUGGGUACACUCGAUGAUGUCAACUUACUGCAGAAGGCGCCGACCGUCGAGAUGAACGUGAUGCAUAGAUUGGGGUGGGUGAAGGAGGUUGAAGGGGCCGAGCAGAAGGAAAAAUAUGUUUGA